AUUCUUCGAAAGAGCAGAUUGAAUUUCUUCCUUUCGCUUCACCCUGUCGAAUCACGCCAAUUGUGCAAUUGGAUGCAGCGGGCAUUGGUGCUGGUGAAGCCGUGGGUGCGGCGCGCUGCGCCAGCUGGUCGGCCUCAACUACAGUCAAUACCCGCCAAUUCUAGAAGGCAAUUCGUCACAUCUCCAUGUCUAGCCAUUGAUCGCCGACGAGGAGCCGGGAGGGUAAAGAUUGUCACCAUCGACGACAAGAUCGCAGAGACCUUUAUUCUUGACGACAAGAUCGACUCCUUCUUGGUCAGACAAAAGACCCAGGACAACAAACUCUCCGAUCCACAGCUGUUACGAGACUUACUCCUUGAGACCAAACGCUCGAAUAACCAUGUCCUACAACUGAGCAAACCAGGCGAGGGUGAAGUUGCAAUCGUGCAGGUGGUAGAUCGGAAGGACCUGGUUAAAAGGAUCAAUGCGAAAGAGACAUCGGCACGGCAGACUCAACUUGCACAAAAAGAGAAGAAACCCAAACAACUCGAGAUCAACUGGGCUAUUAGUGGUAACGACCUGCAGCUCAAGAUGAAGCAGCUGGAGGAGUUUCUGCGCAAGGGCAAGAAGGUCGAACUGCUAUUCGCAGCAAAGAGGCAUCAAAGAAAGGCAGCGCCUGAGGAGGCCGAGGCAUUGCUACAAGCUGUUAGAGAAAAGGUACAGGAGGUCGGAGCUGUAGAAGUUGCUGCAAUGGAAGGAGGCUUUCCCCGGCAGGCAACGAUGACGAUCAAGAUUCCAUGAAACAUUGACAGGACAUGCAGUCCACGACGUGCAGACCUAAAGAGGACAGAAAUGACAGCCCAAGAGUGCACGAUCAGGACACCGCUAUUCCGACAGGCUGCAGAAGAACAAUCUCCAGCCAUCAAGGGCUCUCGCUGGCUCUCCGGGGAACAGAGGGUGGCAGAACCAGAAAGGAACGACACAUUGCGUGCUCAAAGAACCCCCCUGGGACACACAAUGAUCGAGUGCAGGGUCAUUCCGCAAGACUCAAGCAUAUCAGCACCAAGGUCUACUUGCUACAGCAGAUGUCAAGGCUUUGCCCAGACCAUCUUCACGAAAGCAUUGGCAAGCGAAGGUCACAGCUUCCGAAUCGUGUUUGCCGGACAAAAAUCAGACGGCUGCAUGUAUCAUCAGAGCCUUCUCGUCUUGUAUUGUACAGUCAUCAAUCAUUACAGCUUUAUAGAAUCAGGGAACUCGGCCUCGUUUCAGUCGAAUCCCGAUGUCCAUCCCGGCCCGGGCGAGAAAUGAGCAUGACUCUGAGAGAUGGCACUGUCCGUGUCCACGUUGAAUUGAACACUGACCUCCC